AUGUCACAUCCCACCUCUGACAGCAGGCAGACCUCCGUUCACGGCGCGGCCGUCCCCCCGUCGACGGACGAAGCGACCGCCGGCGAGGGUGCGCACGGGAAACGGAAGGCCGACGCGUCGCCCGCCCCGAACGCGAUGCCGAAAAGGAAUCGACAGGAGUCGCAAGCGUCGGUCGAAGCCGCCGCGUCGACCGGCGACGAGGACGAGACCGAAUACGACCGAUCGCUGCGCCACGUUUGGGGCAUUUAUAACGAGAGCCGUCCAGGAUCGCUGAUCUGCACGCGCUGUCUGAGCAACAGCGUCCGGUGCGACGGCAAGCCUGCGCCCGACUCCCCGUGCUCGCGGUGCGUUGAAGACCGGGUCGAGGACCGUUGCCUCCCGCGAUCCGUCCUAGGGGAGCUCGACGAUACGCGUCACGCCCUCAUGCAGCACGUCUCCAUGAUCGAAGAGCUCGUCAAGGCCAUCGACGCCGAACAGGAGCGCGGCGUCAUGACCAUGGACCCGGAUCCGGUGCGAGCCGCGCUCGACAAAAUGCGGGAAAACGCAUUGGACCGGAUGGCCCAGAUCAUGCGAUCGUAUUGA